GGAAACGUCAAAACAACAAGAUUGUCAAAAGUAUAUCAUACGUUCAGUACGCAAAUUUAAGCUAAUAUUGAUGAUAAAUUAAUUAGUUUAUUGUGCAUCAACAACAGUAAUUAUCGUUAAUUGUCAUUGGACAAUUAAAUAUGUCGAUUUUGUAAAACAUCCAGACCUGCAUACUUGGUCGCCAAAUAAUAAUGGACACAGAACAGGGUAACAACGGUGACAUAUGCCGCGUGUGCCGCUCUGAGGGUGUAGCCGACCGUCCCUUGUUCCAUCCGUGCAUCUGCACCGGCAGUAUCAAGUGGAUCCAUCAGGAGUGCCUAAUGCAGUGGAUGCGCUACUCGCGCAAAGAAUACUGCGAACUAUGCGGCCACCGUUUCUCCUUCACACCCAUCUAUUCGCCGGACAUGCCGCGCCGAUUGCCACUGCGGGAUCUUCUCGGUGGCCUCGUCAAUUCGGUCGCAACUGCCGUCAAGUACUGGUUCCACUAUACUUUGGUGGCGAUCGCUUGGUUGGGUGUCGUGCCCCUAACCGCAUGCAGAAUAUACAGAUCACUGUUCACUGGAACUUUGGACGCAAUUUUGACCCUUCCCUUUGAGAUGUUAUCAACUGAGAACAUCGUUUCGGAUAUUUUUCAAGGUUGCUUCGUUGUAUUGUGCACCUUGUUCGCCUUCGCUGGUCUAGUUUGGUUGCGGGAACAAAUCGUGCACGGUGGCAACCCGGAGUGGUUGGCUAGGGAGAACGGGGCGGCUCCGGGACUCGGAGAAGAUGGUGCUCCGCCCCGUUUAUUGGAUAACAUACCGGAAGAAGAAGAAGCAGGCGACGCGCCCGCAAACGGCCGAGUCCCUGGUGAAAACCAACGUGAUGACAACGAAGAAGCGCGCGGUGACGGAGGGGCUGUCGCCAAUGGGGCGGUAGACGCCGAGGGCAACGUGGUCGGAGACGACAACAACUGGAUACCAAUGGAGUGGGACCGGGCCGCCGAAGAAAUAACAUGGGAACGUUUGCUCGGCCUCGACGGCUCCCUGAUGUUCCUCGAGCACGUCUUCUGGGUCAUCUCGCUGAACACGCUCUUCAUCUUGGUGUUCGCUUACGCGCCUUAUCAUUUCGGCGCGUUGACUGUCUCCCUUUUGGGCUUCAAGGAGACCGAUUUGACGAGCCAUUUUGACGGUUUGCUAACAACUUUGGUCGGGUACUGUACCGUCGGUUUGCUGUUCCUGCUGUUCAACCGCAUUACUGGUUGGCUCGGCUUUUAUAACAUAUAUUCCAGAACCAAAAGGAUCUUGGGUCUGUGCUUCCUGGUGGUGAAGGUGUCUCUACUCUCGGUCCUUGAGAUCGGCAUAUUGCCCUUAGUGUGUGGCUGGUGGCUCGACAUUUGUUCGCUUGCCAUGUUCGAUGCGACUCUCAAGGACCGCGAAGCCAGCUACCGUGCGGCGCCGGGCACCUCCAUCUUCAUCCACUGGUUAAUCGGCAUGGUCUACGUCUACUAUUUCGCCUCUUUCGUCCUCUUGUUGAGGGAGAUCCUUCGUCCAGGUGUUCUGUGGUUCCUACGUAACUUCAACGACCCAGAUUUUAGUCCAAUUCAAGAGAUGAUUCAUUUGCCCAUACUGGAACACACUAGAAAACUCCUAAUUUCCGCCGUAAUCUUCGGUAGUGCAGUUUUACUGAUGUUGUGGCUGCCUAUUCGCGUGCUUAAGUGGUUGCUCCCUAACUUCCUCCCCUACACUGUGUCUCUUAACGACGAGACUCAAAUCAACGAACUGUCUUUGGAGUUGCUCCUUCUCCAAGUUAUUCUUCCCGCCCUUCUAGAACAGUCUCACACCAGAGUGUGGCUCAAGGGUCUCGUUCGCAACUGGUGUCGCGCUGUGUCGUGGCUGCUCAACAUCCACUCAUAUUUGCUCGGCGACGCAGAGGUAAAGCCAGCCGUACCAGUCGACAAUGGAGCUGGGGGAGACGGCCAAAACAGAAGAAAUGGAGCCAGGAGGGCCGAUCAAAACUUGCCCGAACCCGCAGCCGGUUUGGGAGCCGUUCACCAAGCUUUGCACAUGUUGGAACCUCCGACCGGAUACAUACCGUACGAGAAGCCGUCGUUCUUCAUAGCACGCCUCUUCGGCCUGCUGAUUGCCAUCUGCAUAUCGCUGAUAGUGUCCAGUCUGAUUGCGCUGACGUUGCCCGUGUGGUUGGGACGCAGUGUGAUGGCUCUGUGGUUGGUCGGAGCCCCUCCCCCCGGUCCACAACUGUCCGCCUCUGAGGCGCAGACCGAGGUCAAAGUGCACGAAUUGUACACUGCCGCAUGCGGCUUGUAUCUGUGCUGGCUGAAGGCGCGCGCCAUCACACUGGUGGUAGGAUGGUUGCCGCAAGGCAGGGCCGCGAUGAUGCAGCGUUUGAAGCAAUGGUGCAUGCUAGGUUUGAAAACGUUUGUUGCUAGCGUCCUCCUUCUCGGCGUCAUACCAUUGUUGUUCGGAUUGCUGUUGGAGCUGGUGGUCAUUAUACCGUUGCGCGUUCCCAUACACCAGACGCCGAUCCUGUUCAUCUGGCAGGACUGGGCCUUGGGUGUGCUGUAUACGAAAAUAGCCUGCGCCAUAACAAUGAUGGGACCGGAUUGGUUCUUGCGGAAUGCAAUCGAAAGGGCGUACAGAGACGGCAUCAGAGAUAUGAAUUUAGGUUUUAUUUUUAAGGAGCUGGCGGUUCCAGUCAUCAUCCAUUUCGGCUUGGCCUUGGCUGUACCAUACAUUCUGGCCUAUUCAAUCGUACCAAUCUUUGUGACCAAUCUGCACCUGAGGAAUCUGAUUGCCAGACGUCUGUACCCGUUUUUAUUGUUGGUGUUGGCCGUUUCCGUCGUGGUUUUGAUGCAGGUGCGCCAGUUCAAGAAAUUAUACGAACACAUCAAGAACGACAAGUAUUUGGUUGGCCAGAGACUGGUGAACUACGACCAUCGCAGGAAGGCCCAAAAUUCAACAUAGCCGCCGGUAGAUUGUCCGACGACUUGACCGUAAGCUUGUAUCAAGUUUCAAAUUUUAUUACUGACUUUGUCCAGGUGUAAAAAUCGAACCAUCACAACAGGACGUGAUCCCCCUCGCUCGAACUGGUGUACUUAAUUGUAAUUUGGCGACGGUGUGUAUCCGAAUUUGUGUUAGUGUUUGAACAAUUUACUUACUUGAUAUUCUCUCGCACAUUCUAGUUUCUUUUUGUAGGAUAAUUUAACAUUAAUCUUGUGUAGUGCCGGACAAUCAGUCGCUUUGGUUAUGUAUGGUUCGAACUUUUAAUUUACUGAGGAUAAAUUCUAUUUGCCUAUAGUACUGAUUGUUAUCUACGGUAAGGCAUCGACUUUAUUGUAUAUAAAAUAAUUUAUUUCAAUUGUUUUUGAAUAAACAUAUUUUAAAACAAA